AAAAAUGUCAUAAAAACCUCAUAUUAUAAUAAGACAUUAAAACGUCAUAAAAAGGUCAUGUAUAAUGAGGUAUUAAAAGUCAUAAAAACCUCAUUGUAUAGUAAGGCAUAAAACGUCAUAAAAAUUUAUUAGUAUAGUAAGACAUAAAGUCAUGGUAUAGUAAGGCACUUGAGUAACCUAAUAUUCAUGUUUUUGUACUGUGGGAGGAAGCCGGAGUACCCAGAGAGAACACAGGCAUGCACAGAGAGAACAUGUAAACUACUUAGAGAAAGGACCCAAACCAGGAUUAAAAUCCAUAACCGUGUCAUUUUCUAGUUAUAACCACUGCUCUACCGAGCUGCUCCAUAGAGGCCAUAGUAUAGUAAGGCAUAAAAUGCCAUAGAAUAGGAAGCAUAAAAACGUCAUAGUAUCGUAAGACAUAAAAAGUCAUAGUAUAAUACAGCACAAAAUGUCACAGUAUAGUAAGGCAUAAUAAGGCAGGCCGUGGGGAAGGGUAUGUUGUUUAAGGGAAAAUUCUGCAAAAUUGCAGAAUUCUACAUACAUACUUGUAUAAUUAGUUUUAAGGUUAUAUUUAGGAUUUUUGACAGGCACAUACAAGGACAGUGGCAUACUUAUUGAAGUGGUCCUUCGGGCGUCUCCGUUGCAUAGAAACGAAAACCGUCGGAGACUUCAUGCAACAUCUACAAACUUUUAUCCGGAUCCCUGAUUCCCUACUGAAGAAAAUAGUUUAGAUUGUCCUCGUGUUACAGAAGAAUAAUAUACACAAGACAUUUGUCGACAUUUGAAUAAGUACCCUUGGCUAACAAACGCUAUCAACGCUAAUUCAUUUAGCGGCGCUAGCCCACUGUUAGCUGUUAGCACCAGUUGCAUCCUUGAGUGUCUCGGAGCGCACUGUGAGGUUAAUGGCACGGUGUUUACAACAGACUUUAAAAUGUAAUCAAUGACUAUUUAUGUGCCAUUGUCACUUUCAGCUAGAAUUAGUUUUGCCAUCCAGUCGAACUACGCAAUGGUAACCUCAGCUAACCGGUGGCAAACUAGCUAACACUUUUUAUUGUCACAAGCCGGUGGAUGCUAGCUCCUUUUGGAACUCAGUUUUUGUCAGGUAUUUAAGUUAUAAACCCAACUAGACAAGCAUCUGCUGAUACAAUCAUCCCAGUCAAAGCAAUAAAAGAAGAGGAGAAUGGCUGGUGACGUUGGCAGCAUUCCUGAACUGGACCAGAAGAAAUACGAUGCAGACGAACAAGUGAAGAUCAUCUGUCUGGGCGACAGUGCAGUUGGUAAAUCUAAGUUGAUGGAGAGGUUUCUAAUGGAUGAAUACCGUCCUCAGCAGUUGUCAACUUAUGCUCUGACUCUCUACAAACACACCGCAGCUGUAGGAAACAAGACGAUAGCCGUCGAUUUCUGGGACACAGCUGGUCAGGAGAGGUUUCAGAGCAUGCAUCCGUCAUACUAUCACAAAGCACAUGCAUGCAUCAUGGUUUUUGAUGUUCAAAGGAAGAUCACAUAUAAGAAUCUGGCCAACUGGUAUAAGGAGCUGAGAGAUUACAGACCUGAGAUACCCUGUUGUGUGGUUGCCAACAAAAUCGAUGCUGAUUUGAAGGUGACGCAGAGAACCUUUAACUUUGGGAAGAAGCAAGGACUCCCAUUUUACUUUGUAUCAGCGGCCGAUGGGACUAAUGUAGUCAAGAUGUUCAGAGAGAUGAUCAAGAGAGCAGUGGACUACAAGCAAAACCCCAGCGACUUCAUGGAUGAAGUAAUGCAAGAAUUAGAGAACUUUGACCUGGAGAAGAAAGAAAUUAAUUCAGAGACAGAUGAGGAUGGAUUGAAAGCAGAGAGUCCUGAGUUGGCCUGAAAUAUUUUCACAGAUCCUGUAAACCCUUUUGUCAUCUCAUGGAUUAUUUAUCCUCCUUUGGAGCUGAUGCUGCCAGUAGAUCAUUCUUUUAGUCAAAAUGCCAGAUAUCUCUGAUUUUCUGUGAUGGACACAAUCAACAAACAUGUUGUCCUUAUGUAAUUGAGGUGGUCUGUUUUUAUACUAUUGGAUUGUAAGUCUGCUACUGGAGGAUGGCUGACAGUCUUUUCAUCAGGUUUUAAGUCGCUGCUCUCCAUCUGUACAGUGACAUUGGCAGGGAAAUAAAUCUGGAGUAAUAAUUAGGAAUUGUGUUGUUUACCAGGUUCAUUUAGCUGCUAUUUUAGCAUUGUCACUCAUACUUUUUCUAACAAUAUCUACCAUUAUAAUUGUGAAAUAUCCCACAGUGAGGCUGAAUGUUUGCGCAAGCAUGAAAACCAAUUACUUUGUGUCACGUAAUAAGAAUAUGAGGCAUUGAAGAUGAACCCACACAGAGCAAAGAGAACGUGUGAUUAUGAACUGUAUUUGCUGCUGUUCUCGAUGUUUGUUUGUAGUGUUGUGAACAAGGCCAGCAGGGAGCCGUUUCUGUUGGCUGCUUUUUUUGCAUUCAUUUUAUGAUGUAAAGUCUGUUUUCAGCACCUCUCAAAUGAAAACUUAAUGUACCAUGUAACCAAAUUAUCAUGUCUCUUUCCAACUUGCUGUGUGAUUCAGCAGCUGGCACAAGAGCACUAAGUAGUCUACUUCAGCAUUUUAGAACAUGCAGCUGCCGGUCAUGUAUGAGCGGACAUCAACUGUGCUGUGUUCUCGUGAAGGUCUCAGCCUUGUGAAAUGUUCGGCUGUGUCCUUCAUGAUUUGUAGGAACGUUGCUAUGAAGAACCUGUGUGAAGCCUCACUGUAAAACAAGGUGAUAACACAUAAUUCAGUUAUUUCUAUGAUUAUGAUGUACACAGAAACCAUGUAUGUAUAUUUUCUAUUUAUAUUUGACUGUUUUAUGUGGCAUUUACUCACAAUAAAUCACACUGGAACAUA